CUUAUUUUUGGCACAUAUCAAAGUGUGUUUUCAUAAGACGUGAUAUUAAGUUAUUUUAUUCUAUUUUGGCGGUUGAGUUCUUGGAGAAGUGUAUUUCAUAACUAAAUUUCAUUUUGGAAAUGUAAAAAAUCAAUGCCAGGCUUGUAGUGAUCAUUCAUGAUUACGGGACCAUUUAGUUUCGAAGAAAAUCGAAAUCAAACUACCACCAUUCAUUCAGACAUGUGUUGGGCUUAAGAUAGAUAUGAUGUAUUUGAUGGCAUUAUUGGUUCUGCUUUACUGUAAAAUAACUCAAGGUGUUUUGGAAUGGACGGUUGUCGGAAAGGUUACAGAUUAUGGACAAAACGUGACACUAUUCUGCAAUGUUUCACACUGCUGUCCCGAUGAUGCAGGAUGGGAUAGGUGGACUCCAGUACAACAGACACUGUUUAUAGAUGUCAAAUCAGGAGGCGGAGAAAACAAAUAUGACGGAAAGGUACUGCGGGAUGGAUACACCUUAAUUAUACAGAAUCUGACGAAAGACGAUCUCAAUGUUUCUUAUUCUUGUUUGUAUGGCGUUACAUUAGGGGAAAGGAAAUUUUUACAGAAAGAGGAUGUCUUCAGUUACCCAAGUUAUAAACAAUACAAUGUUCCCAUUGGUAGCAGUAGCCAAGCUGCGGGUAAAAUUACUGGUAUUACCAUUGGAGUUGUUUUUGUAGUAGGGACAGUUGUUGGUUUCUUGAUUUUUUAUAAAACAAGAACUAAAGCACUUAAAGACAAGAUGACUCGACCAGAUCAAGAAUGCGGGACAAAUUCAAAUAUGUCAAAUGAUGAACAAGAUGUCCAGGACGACAACCAAUGGUUAUUGAGUAAAACAUUGAUUAAAGGCGAGAUAGAUUCUCAUAAGAUACACAGUAGUGAUUUAAAAUCAAGUGUAUCAAUAGAUGGCCGGCCAGAAGUCAUGGGUAGCAAUCCUGUGCUAUUGAAAAGACAAUUGUUUCCAGCAUGGCCUACAGAAAACACAUAUUCUCUUUCCUAUAUGCAAGAAAACACAAAGACACAACUGAUGGAAAAUGUCCAGAUGGACAGGAUGAUAUAUGAUACAGACCCAAAACAACAAUGCAGAGUGUUGUGCAUACUUAACGAAAAGAGUAAAGAUAAAAUUGUCUAUUAUUCCCAAUCUUAUAUGGACGAUGAAUAUACUAUACUUAAAAUGAUGGGAGAGAAAUUGGGAUGGCACUUAAUGAUACAUCGCAAUAAAUCAUCAUCCGAAAUUAACACAAUUUUGGAUGAAGAAACCAAAUAUGAUUAUAAAUCAGUUCGUGUUUUAUUUGUCAUUAUUGUGUCGAGUGGUGAUCAGUCUGGAAUAUAUGGUACCAUCGGUGAAAAGAUUCAAUACGAUGAAAUCACAACUAAAUUUCAGAAAGUACCAUGUCUAAUGGAUAAACCAAAGAUAUUUAUUCUAGAUUACUAUGAUAUUGAGAUUGAUACCCAUUAUCAAAAACAAGUCCUGCAAGAUCAGUAUGAUAUGAUGGAUGGCGCAGGAGUUCCGAACCAGAAUGUAGAUAUCAAAAUGGGUAAAGUACCAACAGAAGGACUUCAAUAUGAAGUUUGCACAACAGAUGAGCAUCAUCCAAACAGGACAAAUGAAGGUAGAAAAAUCCUGGUAACUAACUCCUACUAUAAAACUGUUUCAAACCAACAUCUAGAUACUUACAAAUGUAUAGCACAAACACUAGGAAGAUGUGAUAAGAUAGUCAAGGGAUCAUGGGUUAUUGGUGCUUUACUCUCUGUGAUAUGUGAGGCUGGCCAUUACAUGACAUUUACGGAGAUGAUGAAAGAGGUACAGAUAAUGGUAACAGAAGCGGUUGUCCCUGAAGGAAAGCCGGAACCGGAAAUUAAAAUUGAAGAUUGUCUAUCAAAAGACUUUUAUCUGCUUCCACCAUCACCUUGA